AUGUUCGGACGACUUUUGUUAGUUAUCAGCUCAAUAUCUGUUGCGUCCUAUGCGAUAUCCAUACUAACACAACAAACAUCGCUACGAUUUAUAAAGAAAACAGCCAAACGUCGUCGUCGUCAUCAGAUAAUUAAAGGUGAAGACAAGAUCAGUGCGUUACCGGACGAUUUGCUCGUGCAUAUAUUGUUGCGUCUCUACACAAAGGAUGUACUGGCCACUAUGAUUUUGUCAAAACGAUGGCAGUAUGUUUGGACAAUGGUGCCAAGACUAGGGUACACAAACAUCAAUGACGAUGAUACUAAUAACAGUUUAUUUGGUCGUUUACUUGGUCGUUUCUUUCACAAAAGUGAACAUCAACAACGAUGUUUAUGGCGGUUUAUCGACAAGUCGUUACAACUCCACAAGGGACCUUUAUUAACAUUAGUGAUAGAACUGAUCGGCCCUUCUAGAUGUCAUGUUGAUGUAGGAAAGUGGAUUGCAAAUGCUGUUGAUCGUAGGGUUUGCGAGCUACUGUUGAGAAUCACGUGGACGUCCUUGGAACCUGCCAAUUUGUGUAAGAGCCUUUACACAUGCGAUACGCUUGUUAAACUACAUCUUUCCGACAAGAUUAUUGUGGAUGUUCCUUCUCGGGUUAGCCUCCCAUCCCUCAAAAGAAAUGAAGGAAUAUGGGGAUCUUUGGUUAUAGAUUCUCCGGCUUUAAGAGAAUUUUUCUACCGUGAUUUUUCGGGAGAUUCUUGCUCGAUUGAGAACAAGCCUUGUUUUCAUAAAGCAAGUAUCGACUUUGAUAGUUACCCUGAUGACAAGUUUAUGAGAUCUCUUUCCUCAGUCAUGUAUCUCGAACUAGAUUUAAGUGGUGCAACGGCUGCAUGGUGUAACGCUAUCAACUUCCCCAAGCUAGUGAAGUGUGCUCUAACACUUUUAAUUGACUUAGACUGGUUGGAAUUACUAAUGGGAUUGCUACAAAAUUCCCCUAAUCUUAAAGCUCUUUUCAUCUACCAGAGUGGACUUCUCCCCAAAGGGCCACGACACUGUCUAUCCCGAGUUUGUAAUGCUUUCCGACUAAUGCCAGGGGUAGUCAGGCCGCCUGCAUUUCUGACUACCAGAGGACUUCUAACUGUCAUGAGUUCCGUUCCCGGUUGUUUCUCGAGCCAUCUCGAAAUCUUCGAGUGGACAGGAUAUAUAGGACGAUCCAAGGAGAAAGAAACCAUAACAUAUAUCUUUGCCAACUAUAAGUGUUUAAAGAGAGCUCAUUUUUCUAUGAAAUCAACCUGCAAGGAUAUAGAUAGAGAGAAGAUGAUGAAAGAGUUAAAAUCUAUGUGUAGGGUUUCCACUUCAUCCCAACUACUCUUCUCCACUUGGAAUUUCCGAGCUUUGUAA